GUUUCCCAGAGCGCCGCGCGAGGGAUGGCGCCGGCGGCCGGUGCUGACGAGGAGCGGAGAGGCGUUGUGUGACGGGAGGUGUCUCCUGUACCUGGAGCAGGAUGUAUACUCUGCUGUCUGGACUCUAUAAAUACAUGUUCCAGAGGGAUGAGUACUGCAUCUUGAUCCUUGGUUUGGACAAUGCUGGUAAAACUACCUUUCUUGAACAAACUAAAACUCGAUUUAACAAGAACUACAAAGGGAUGAGUUUGUCCAAAAUCACAACCACUGUAGGCUUAAACAUUGGUACUAUUGAUGUUGGCAAAACUCGGCUAAUGUUCUGGGAUCUUGGCGGACAGGAGGAACUACAGUCUCUUUGGGACAAGUAUUAUGCUGAAUCUCAUGGAGUGAUCUAUGUUAUUGACUCCACUGACGAGGAGAGGCUCUCAGAAUCUAAAAAAGCUUUUGAGAAGAUGAUUACCAGCGAAGCUCUGGAAGGAGUUCCCAUUCUGGUGUUAGCUAACAAGCAGGAUGUAGAGGUGACUCCAGAAAUGAAGCCUUGCUGCUUGAUAUAUUUCUAGGUGUACCAUUCCUGAGUCUUAAUUUGGGUAAUGCUGUUCUGAACCCUUUGUAAGAGGAAUUUGGUUGUGCAGGCUGGUCAGUCCUGGCUAGACUAUGCCUUGAAGAGCCUUCAUCAAAGGAUGGUUUACAUUGCGUUCUUUUGGGGAAGCUGGGAUUAUGAUUCGUCAAGUUGUGUGUUUCCUCUGAAAUAUAUGGUAGAUAACAUCACUCCAGAAAGGUCAUCUGUGGAUUUUAUUAUUGUAAUGGUACACUGUUUAUGUGAUCACAAAUCCAGCUUCCCUAGUUUGCUCUUGGUUUAUGUGGUUUCAGUUGAGAAACAAAAACACAUCUGUAAACAAAUAUUUUGUAAUGUAGAUAGGGAGGUGGAAAAGAGGGAAACUUAGAAGCCACAGCUGACAUUUUCUCCUGAACAUGAGAAACUCAAAUGCUCCUAGUUGAAGUGAUGGGUAAUCUGCCUCAUCCUUUGCUGUCAGACAAGAUUCCAGUUGAUGGCUUCCCCUUGAACACUGAAACAAGGCUUCCCUGAAUUGAUGGUUCAGUGGUGCUAUCCCCUCUGCUGCUGUUACUGUACUUCAUCCCACGGGGGAAAAAACGUUCCUCAAAACAUGAGGCAGUGACAUCCUACUACAGACAAUGUAAAUGGUCCAAAGUCUCCUCAGAAGCAAAACUCUUUCUGAUGCAGGUUUCUACAGAGAGCAAUGGCUGAACAGCUUUGUGGAAGUUAGGGCAAGCCAUCGUUAUACCAGAGGGUGAGAAAAGGAAGUGAUUAUAAUGGAUUAAGCUGGUGAAAAAAUGGCUAUGGCAGUUGUAAGCUGCACUGGGAAAAGCAGACUUCUCAAAGGCCUCAAAGAUGGACAAGAUGAAGGAGGUGGAUUCUCUCUAUGCCCCUGGAUAUGUACAUGUGUACUGGUCUGCUGGUGGUUUUGGGGAAGUCCAUUGCCUGAUUGCUUCGCACAGGCUUGUGCAAGUAGAAAUAAAGGACAGCAUGACUAUGCUCUGUGGUGU